AUGUCAGAAAAAAGUAGCCCAGACAUAAAGGUAGAUGUAAUUGAUGGCAUGGAGCUGGAAUUAAGUGCUUCGCAAUUACCAUCAAAAGAAAAUGUGAAUCAACAAAGUGAAAAGGCACAACCGGAAAAGCAAAAAACCACCGUUUCCAUGAUUAAUUUUUAUGUUAUAUCGAUUGGAUACCUUGUUUUUACACUAACCGAUUCCGCUCUGCGGAUGGUUGUUUUAUUCGAACUAUACAAACGACAUUACGACGCAUUUCAAAUAUCUUUGGCGCUCGCUUCAUACGAGUUCCUUGGAGUCAUUACAAAUUUGGUCGGUGGCAUAAUAGGUGAUCGACAUGGUCUUCGUUCCUGUCUUCUGAUCGGGCUAUCAACUCAAAUAAUCGGUAUAGCAAUAUUAUCUGGCCUGCAAGCUGAAUGGAGCCGAGAAUUUACGAUAAUAUACAUUGCCAUUGCACAGGGCCUUUGCGGAGUUGCGAAGGACAUGGUCAAAUCUGUUGGUAAAUCGGUAACAAAGUUGGUUGUGGAAGAAGAUGCGAAAGAUAAAUUGUUCAAGUUGGUGGCAUGGCUUACGGGUGCAAAAAAUUCCGUAAAAGGCUUCGGCUUCUUCUUCGGUGCCUUCUUGCAAGAGUUAAUGGAAUACAAAUACUCACAAAUAGUAUUGUUGGGUUUGAAUUUAUUGAUAGUCCCUUUUGCAUGGCGUUUCGUUGAUCAUCACUUGGGUGAAAGUAAAUCAAAGAAGAAAUUGACAUUUAGAGAGAUUUUUGAUAAGGGAAGAAACGUAAACAUUCUUUCACUGGCAAGGAUGUUUUUGUUUUGUUCACGUGAUCUCUGGUUUGAGGUGCCAUUGCCAGUGUUUUUGAGGGGUCCGGCGGAAUGGAAGUACAUUACCACGGGUAGUGUCCUUGCGGCAUGGGUAAUAUUUUACGGUGCUGUACAAUCAAGUACUCCGCAAUUAAUCUUGAAGCCUAUUAAUCUAUAUCCUGUAAAGAAUGCUUACUGCAAUAGAGAUAAGGUUGCAAUGAACGUGGGAUUUUAUUAUAUGGCAAAUGCUAUGGGGAGGUUAACAGGCUUGUUGGUUGGUGGUGCGUUGUAUCAAUAUUAUGAUAACAAUUUAGUUUCUUGUUUGUGGGCAUCAGCUGUUUCCUUGGGAAUUUGCAUGAUCAUUUCGGUAUUUCUGGGUCCAAUUCCAACUUCUUAA